AUGGGCGCGGCCUGCUACAGGAGCCAGGCUGACACCAUGAGCGAAAGCCUGACUGAUGCCGCGGCUGCAGAUGUCAUUCAGCAGAUCAAGGACAGCUUCAACAAGGAGUUCGAGAUCCCAGUCGGACACAGGCGCAGUGGCGACUGGGUCGUCGUGGUCAGUUGUGACAACCAAGACACGCGCGAGGAAUCCUUCAUGACAGAGUUUUACCUUCCCGGCUGGAAGCCGGGGUCGAAGCCGUGGGAUGCUGCUUCUUUGAAGAAGUCUUGGACCGACAACGACAGCAAAGGCGUCAAGCCCACGGGCACGGGCCUGGACUUCUCUGAGGAUGGUAAGUCCGUGAAGGAGGUGGCCCGAGGCUUUUCUGACGUGAAGGCCACCUUCAAUCUCGCUGACCUUAAGAAGUGA